AUGGCGAUGGAAAUCCGACCGGCCGAUAGAAGAUGGGCUAUGGCAACAACCUACAGGCCUGCCGCCCACAAGGGCAAGCAGGCUGACCAAUGUUUCACCCCGCCGUGCCGCAGUGGCUCUCCUAGACAACCUGUUGGCUGGCCAACAUUCGUGAUAGAAACGGGUCUUUCAGAGUCUCUUCCGCGGCUCCGCGAAGAUGCUCGAUGGUGGUUCAACAACUCGCCCACAAAGACAGCGGGGAGGCAAGCUCUUCGGCCAGCGGUCAGACCAUUUCGGCCAGCAGCGACCAACAAGCUGCUUAGUCUGAGCAGCUUGCAGAACCAAUCACCAAUGACGGAGCACGACAAUGGCCAUCUCAUGGGACAUGGAUCGAUCCCUCAAAGAGAUAAGAGAGGAUCGUGGUGCGAGGAGGUCACAUGCCCUGAUUGA